GAGAGAGAGAGAGAGAGAGCAAUCAAGAGGUAAUAUGUGGUGUCGGCCACAAAUGGAGAAAUGUGUUAAAGGGGAUGAUGAAAACAGCUGUAGAGCGUAGAAUGUUUAGGAGAUAAAUGGCAGAACACUAAAGAAGGAGUGGUCUGUUUUCAAAGUUUUGUCUUUGGUGGGCUUCGUGUUCCCCGGAAAAGUCACUCUGCAAAAGACCACGUUGGUGGCCUGUGCUGAUUCAUACGUCGUUAUUAUUUUUUACUCACUAUUAAUAGUGGUCUAAGCGUAACUAUUCUUCUUCUCCAGCACUCACUGAGUUGCCAAUUCAAAUAAGGAAGCCUCAAGCUCUAGCCUCUUCUUCGGUUCUGCCUCUGGUUUGCCACCAUUUCCUUUUACUAGGAUAGCCAGAGAGUGGACAAAGAUGAAGCAGAGGGAGGGGAGAGUGGCGGCCUAUUUGUACGCUUUUAGUGUUAUUGGGAUGGUUUUGGGCGGAUCUCUGGAUGUUUUUGAAGAUUUCAAAACCCUUUCUCUUCUGGAUAGUGAUGCGGUUUCCCCUUCUUCACCUGCUGCCAAACCUCUUAUGGUCGACCUCACUCUUAUUCAGGGAGCCGACUCCAAAGGAGCUGUCUGCUUGGAUGGAACACUACCUGGUUACCACUUGCAUCGUGGGUCUGGAUCAGGUCAAAACAGCUGGCUCAUUCAAUUGGAGGGAGGUGGGUGGUGCGAUACCAUCAGGAAUUGUGUUUACCGGAAAACUACCCGCCGUGGUUCAUCAAAAUUUAUGGAAAAGCAAAUACCAUUCUCUGGGAUUUUAAGCAAUAAAGCAGAAGAAAAUCCUGAUUUCUUUAACUGGAACAGGGUCAAGCUAAGAUACUGUGAUGGGGCAUCUUUCAGUGGGGACAGUAAGAAUGAGGCUGCUCAGCUUAAUUUUCGAGGGCAACGUAUAUGGUCUGCUGCUAUGGAGAAACUAAUGGCUGAAGGAAUGCAAAAUGCCACUCAGGCUCUUCUUUCAGGAUGCUCUGCUGGAGGACUGGCAUCCAUAAUACACUGUGAUGAGUUCAGGAACUUAUUUCCACAAUCAACAAAAGUGAAAUGCUUAAGUGAUGCUGGACUGUUUCUUGACGUAAUUGAUGUGUCUGGUAACCGCACACUAUGGAAGAUGUAUGAAGGUGUAGUGAGUUUGCAGGAAGUGCAAAAGAAUCUGGCAAGUACUUGCACCAGCCACCUGGAUCCAACUUCGUGCUUCUUCCCCCAGAAUUUGAUUGCAAAUAUUAGGACUCCAUUAUUUAUUCUCAAUGCAGCCUAUGAUGCAUGGCAGCUCCAAGCUAGUAUAGCUCCAAAAUCAGCUGAUCCUCAGGGUUCUUGGAAUGAAUGCAAGCAAAAUAAUGCAGAAUGUACUUCAGUGCAGAUCCAGAUUUUGCAAGGCUUCAGGAAUCAAAUGCUGGAAGCCAUAAAUGUCUUCUCAAUGUCAACUCAAAAUGGGUUAUUCAUAAAUUCUUGCUUUGCUCAUUGCCAAUCUGAGACACAAGAUACAUGGUUUGCUGAUGAUUCUCCCCUCCUCAAUAACAAGAGGAUUGCUCAAUCUGUUGGAGACUGGUAUUUUGAUCGAGUUGAUGUUAAAGCUAUUGACUGUGCAUACCCCUGUGACAACACUUGCCAUAAUCUAGUUUUCAAUGAUUUUACUUCAACUAUGCCAUUCUCCCAGUCCUCAAGAUUAACCUUUACCACGCUAAAUCUGCUCAGUUCCAUCUUGAUGUCAUUAACAUGUUCCAAAAGCACCAUGGGGUUUCAGUUUGAUCAAUGACACUUGAUUAAAACAUCGAGAAGUCUAUAGAGUUGCAACUACAAGUGGAUCAUCUUGCUUACAAGUAACAAAAAUGUGAAAUACAUAAUUUAAGGCUCAUUUUUCAGCAACCAUUGUAUCCUGUCUUUCUUGUGUCACUUGUUGCAACUGCCAGAGUAUUCUAGUAUGUAUCAAAUUGCCACAGUUAUCAUCACAUGAAACUGAACAGAAAACAAUUAGCUAUUUGUUGUCGAGAAUCAGUUUUGGUAUACAUUUUCACUCUUAUAUCUUUA